UGAAGUUGUUCUUAAUGAAUAAAUGCUUCAAACCUAAUAAUCCUUUAGUGCUUAGUUCCUCGUCACCUUCAUAUAUCAAAAGUUUUAAGGAGGGACACUUUUUUUUUUAAAAAUGGUUUUAUUAAGCUUGUCUAAAAUUUGCAGCUUCAAAUUUUCACAUUUUUUAAAGGGGAAAUAGGGAGAUUGAAUCCUCACCUCACCAAAAUAGUGAAAGUUGAGAUAGAGAUACUAAGAUUCUCCAACAUUUGACACAUAAAUCUGAUAUCUGUCCAAAAUCUUGGUUUAAAAAGUGAGAAACAAGUUCUUUUAAAGAAAUUGAACACAAUUUUAAGACACAAAAAUAAUGUAAUAAACGAAGGGAUCAAGAGUUGAGAUAGCUCCUCCUCUAAUAUCUGCUCAAAAGAUUUCCUUGCAAAUACCGUUCAACUGCCAUAUAGUGACCUUGUAAUAACCGUAUAAUAAAUAGCACUACAAUACGUUAGCGUGGUGACCUAUGACCUACAAAUCAUAUUUAAGUAACAACAUACUAGCUCCCUCCGUUUCAAUUUGUUUGUUUGAUUUUCUCCUUGAAACGAAGUUUAAGAAAGUAACAAAUACUUUUAAAUUUGUGGUUUUAAAUUAAAGAUACGUAAAAUGUAGCAAAAUACUCUUUAACUUUGCAUGGUUUAAAAUAUGUCAUGCGGAUAAUCAGAACUAAAGUAAAGAGUCAUUUGUUUUGAAACGACACUAAACAGGAAAGUAAUACAAACAAAUUGAAACGGAGGGAAACUAUAUAAGAUUCACUAGCAUCAAAAGAAUUGACAAGAAAACUACACCAUUGUAGAAAGACAGCUUGACGUGAGAAUCAACUCUGAAGUAUAAUAUUUUCGAGUUCUCCUAGCACGCCCAACAUCUAUAUAAUCCAUUGACAAUCCAAAAAAUGAAAAACAACGUUUUCCUUGAUCACCUAAACUACUUACAAACCAAAGAAAAAGAUCAAGAAAGAUGAGUUUAUCACCUCCUCAAGCUUUCAACUUUUCUCAGCUCCCUUCAAACUUGAUCCCUGGCGAUGCAAAUCCACCAUGGAUGAGCAAAGGUGACAAUGCAUGGCAACUAGUUGCGGCCACCUUAGUGGGGCUACAAAGUAUACCAGGCCUCAUAAUACUUUACGGUGGUGCAGUCAAAAAGAAAUGGGCAGUAAAUUCAGCCUUCAUGGUUUUAUAUGCCUUUGCUUGUGUACUUCUCUGUUGGGUAUGUUGGGGAUACAGAUUGUCAUUUGGAGACAAACUUAUACCAAUAUGGGGUAAAGUAGACGUCGUGUUAGAACAGGAUUACCUUUUUCAUCAAGCGUUUCUGGGGUUGUUUCCUAACGCAACCAUGGUGUUUUUCCAGUUUGUUUUCGCAGCUAUCACUUUGAUUUUAAUAGCGGGUGCAUUGCUGGGAAGAAUGAAUUUUUAUGCUUGGAUGUUGUUUGUUCCAUUAUGGCUAACGUUUUCUUAUACCUUUGGUGCAUAUACUAUUUGGUCUCUUAAUGGUUGGCUAUCUCUUAAGGGGAUUAUUGACUAUUCUGGUGGAUAUGUCAUCCAUUUGUCUUCUGGUGUUGCUGGUUUUACGGCUGCCUAUUGGGUUGGUCCAAGAUCAACAAAGGACAGAGAGAGAUUUCCACCAAAUAACAUACUUCUGAUGCUGGCUGGGGCAGGACUACUGUGGAUGGGGUGGACAGGGUUCAAUGGUGGUGAUCCAUAUGCAGCAAGCAUUGAUGCAUCCUUGGCUGUAUUGAACACACAUGUUGCUGCUGCUACAAGUUUGUUAACAUGGCUCAUUCUUGAUGUCAUCUUCUUUGGAAAACCUUCUGUUAUUGGUGCUGUCCAAGGCAUGAUUACUGGCUUAGUCGCAAUCACACCUGCUGCAGGUGUUGUACAGGGGUGGGCAGCUAUAGUCAUAGGACUAUGUUCAGGCUCUAUUCCAUGGUUCACAAUGAUGGUAGUACACAAAAAAUCCGAGCUUCUUCAAAAAGUGGACGACACAAUGGCUGUCUUCCAUACCCAUGCAGUGGCCGGUAGCCUAGGAGGACUACUCACGGGUUUCUUUGCCCACCCUCGACUAUGCUACCUUUUCUAUGGCUACUAUAACAAUUAUUAUGGCCUUUUCUAUGGGCUUCAUGACGGACAAGCCCACAAAGGACUCAGGCAAAUAGGUCUCCAGCUUCUCGGGGUUCUGUUUGUGGUGGUGGUGAACGUUGUGAUGACGAGCUUGAUAUGUCUAUUGGUGCAGCUGAUUGUUCCCCUGAGAAUGUCAGAGGAAGACAUGGAAAUUGGAGAUGAAGCUGCACAUGGUGAGGAAGCUUAUGCAAUUUGGGGACAAGGUGAUAGGCUUGAGAAAUCUGCUGGAUUUUCUGCUUAUAAUGAUGACACUGCUGGUGCUGCUAGAUCUGGUUAUAACACGUCUAGAAGUCAGGUCGAAAUGGUCUAAUUCAGAAUAAUUUCGCAAUGUUGGUGAUGUGCUAAUGCAUUUCUUUUGUGUUCAUGCCUUUUUUUUUUUUAAAAAAAAAAAGAAAAGAAAUUCCUGGUCUAGAUUUCUUUUAAUUUGUCAUAACUGAUGAUGAUGUUAAGUGAUCUUUUGCACAAGCUGCAGGCUGAAAGAGUGCUUUUGGGCAUUCAAUGAAUGUAUUUCCCGAAGAAGUGAUAAUAACAAUAAGAAGAAGAGAACUACAAGGUCUUAAUUUCUUGUUAUACAAGAAUAGUGGAAAGGAAAGUGGUUUGCUUCACAUAUUAUGUUUUUGUUGCUUUUCUUCUUCCUGUAAUUUUCCACUAUAAAGAAAGAGGAAAAGUUACAAUUUUUUUU